AUGGCCGUCAAUCGCGUUCGUGCGGCGUUCGCCGCACCUAGGAAGGGUGAGACGUUCGAGUUGCGAGCUGGGCUGGUGUCUCAAUAUGCCUGGGAGCGGAAAGAGUCCAUUCAGAAGACCAUCAUGGCUAUGACGUUGGGCAAGGAUGUGUCGGCGCUGUUCCCGGACGUGCUGAAGAAUAUUGCGACGUCGGACUUGGAUCAAAAGAAGCUGGUCUAUCUAUAUCUGAUGAACUAUGCCAAGUCGCAUCCCGAUCUCUGUAUCCUCGCCGUCAACACAUUCGCCCAGGACUCUGAAGAUCCGAAUCCCCUCAUACGAGCACUUGCGAUCCGGACAAUGGGCUGUAUUAGGGUGGACAAGAUGGUGGAUUACAUGGAGGAGCCACUGCGCAAGACGUUACGAGACGAAUCGCCCUACGUACGGAAGACCGCUGCUAUAUGUGUCGCGAAGCUUUUCGACUUGAGCCCGACUAUGUGCAUCGAGAAUGGUUUCCUCGAGAUACUACAGGAGUUGAUUGGAGACCCUAAUCCGAUGGUCGUCGCAAACUCAGUCCAGGCAUUGGCUGAGAUAACCGAGACGGCUCCCGAGACAAGAGCAUUGGUAAUAUCUCCUGCCACCCUCAAGAAACUGCUUAUGGCUCUGAACGAGUGUACGGAAUGGGGAAGGGUGACGAUCCUCUCGACUCUGGCCGACUACCCUCCACAAGACGUCAAAGAGUCUGAGCACAUCUGCGAGAGGGUGGCGCCUCAGUUUCAACAUGUCAAUCCCAGUGUCGUACUAGCUGCUGUAAAGGCUGUCUUCAUCCACAUGAAGAUGAUCAACCCCGACUCUGUGCGGCAGUACCUGAAAAAGAUGGCACCACCUCUAGUGACCCUCAUCGCAUCAGCUCCUGAAGUCCAAUAUGUUGCGCUGCGGAACAUCGACCUUCUCCUACAAGCGAAACCCGAUAUCCUAAGCAAGGAGCUGAGAGUGUUCUUCUGCAAAUACAACGAUCCGCCAUACGUCAAGCUCCAAAAGCUCGAGAUCAUGGUCAGAAUAGCGAACGAGAAGAACUACGAGCAGCUUCUGGCCGAACUAAAAGAGUAUGCCUUAGAAUUGGAUAUGGACUUUGUCCGGAGAGCCGUGACCGCGAUUGGCCAAGUCGCCAUCAAGAUCGAGAGCGCAAGCGAGAAAUGCGUCAACGCGCUGCUGGAUCUGAUCGCCACCAAGGUCAACUAUGUGGUCCAGGAGGUUGUUGUUGUGAUCAAAGACAUACUGCGGAAAUACCCCGGCUACGAGGGAGUCAUCCCCACACUAUGUAACCACAUUGACGAUCUGGACGAGCCCAACGCAAAAGGGUCGUUGAUAUGGAUUGUUGGAGAGUAUGCCGAGAAGAUCAACAAUGCCGAUGAGAUAUUAGAAAGCUUUGUGGAUACCUUCAUGGAAGAGUUCACACAGACACAACUGCAGAUCUUGACGGCGGUUGUCAAGUUGUUCUUGAAGAAGCCAGGAAAUACACAGGUUCUGGUCCAGAAGGUCCUCCAGGCGGCGACGGCCGAAAACGACAAUCCUGACAUCCGGGACCGAGCAUAUGUCUAUUGGCGUCUUCUCUCCGGGGAUUUAGACGUUGCAAAGAGCAUCAUUCUAUCACAAAAGCCGGCCAUAUCAACAACCAUGACCAGCUUGCCGCCCGCGUUGCUAGAGCAGCUUCUCGGCGAGUUAUCUACGCUUGCAUCCGUUUACCACAAGCCACCGGAGUCAUUUGUUGGCAAAGGUCGCUAUGGUGCCGACCAAAUUCAACGCGCCGCUAUCCAAGAACAGCGCCAGAAUGCAGCCGAGGACCCUAUUGCAGCCUCCAUCGCGACAGCCUCUGGGCAGAAUGGUACAGCUCCGCGGGGGGGCAUGGAAAACCUGUUGGACAUCGAUUUCGAUGGCGCUGCGCCGGCUUCUCACGAGCCAAACUCGGUAUCAGCCACACCGGACCGCGUGGCAAGUCCAACGGGUGGAGCUAACCCUUCGGGCGGAAUGGCGGACAUGAUGGGUCUAUUUGACGCGCCUGCACCACCUCAGAACAAUGGUUCAAGCUCCGGUGGCACCGACAUCAUGAGUGGAUUCGCGGGGCUGGACCUGGGCGGAUCGAGCAGUCAGCCACCUCCACCUUCAGCCCAACUCGGUCACGGGGGCAGUGGGCAAAAGAAAGACACGAAUGAGGAUCUACUGGGCAUCUUCUAG